CCCUCUCCGACAACAGAAACGAAGCAAGUCCGCGUACACUACAGAAGCGGCCCCAGCCCUCCCGCCAAGGCGCCUCCAAGCUCCACCCCUGCGUGUCCGAAGUGUCAGAGGCGCGGCAGGGGGCCUUCAACCGUCAGCCUCUACUUCCUUUCUAGACCUUGGCAACAGGCCGCGCCUAAGGGCGGGGCGGGAAACGACAAUGGGCGGAGCCGUUAGGGGCCUCUAGAGGACUUGUAGGCGGGGCCUGACGCGCGUUUCCGGUUUCCGCCCGCGGGCUAGGGGGCGGGCCUGAGCAUUGGAAACAAGCUCCCAUCCCUCUGUUGGAACCCUUUAAGUCACAGGAUGAGUUUGCAGUGGACUACAGUUGCCACCUUCCUCUACGCAGAGGUCUUUGCUGUGUUGCUUCUCUGCAUUCCCUUCAUUUCUCCAAAAAGAUGGCAGAAGGUUUUUAAAUCCCGGCUGGUGGAGUUGGUAGUGACCUAUGGCAACACUUUCUUUGUGGUUCUCAUCGUCAUCCUUGUACUGUUGGUUAUUGAUGCUGUACGAGAGAUCCUGAAAUACGAUGAUGUGACAGAAAAGGUGAACCUCCAGAACAAUCCAGGUGCCAUGGAGCACUUCCACAUGAAGCUUUUCCGUGCUCAGAGGAAUCUCUAUAUUGCUGGCUUUUCCUUGCUGCUGUCCUUCCUGCUUAGACGCCUGGUGACUCUCAUCUCCCAGCAGGCCACACUGCUGGCCUCCAAUGAAGCCUUUAAAAAGCAGGCAGAAAGUGCCAGUGAGGCGGCCAAGAAAUACAUGGAGGAGAAUGAUCAGCUAAAGAAGGGAGCUGCCGAGGAUGGAGACAAGUUGGAUAUUGGGAAUACUGAAAUGAAGUUAGAGGAGAACAAGAGCCUGAAGAAUGACCUGAGGAAGCUAAAAGAUGAGCUGGCCAGCACCAAGAAAAAACUUGAGAAAGCUGAAAACGAGGCUCUGGCUAUGCAGAAGCAGUCUGAGGGCCUUACCAAAGAAUAUGACCGCCUGCUAGAAGAACAUGCCAAACUGCAGGCAUCAGUACGUGGUCCCUCAGUCAAGAAGGAGGAGUAAAGGCUUGGUGUUUCCCUGCCUGCCGCUGGCUUCUACCUGACCCAUGCUUACUGCUUCCUUGGAGCCCAGACUAUCCCUCUGGUACUUGGGUUUAUUCCCUACUUCCCCAAUUUUCUUCCAUGGCUUAUAGAUCAUUAUUUUGGCACCAUUACACAUACUGCUCUUAUACCAAAAGGGACCUGAUUGUUGUUUAUUCAGAGUACUUUUGCCACUGUUCUGCCUGGCUAGGGCACUUUCCACUCCUGGAAGUGUAGAAAAGCACUGGUGACCUGGCCUGCAGUUUGAACCCCUUUUUAUUUUGCAAUGUACCCUAAAGGAGGCUGCUGUGAAGCAGGUCAACUGUUUUAUCCUGAGGGGAAUAAAUGUUGUUAUGUUAUAA